AGCUCAUUGAAGUGUUGUCAUUAAACAAAAAAACACAAUGGAGGAGCCGAAGAAAUACAAGAGGAUGGUAGUGAAGCAGACGAUGAACAAGAACAAGAAGAGGAAGAAGAACAAAACGGGUCAUGGAUCCGGGUUGCUCCAAAUGAAGGUGAGGAGACUCCAAAUACUGAUACCGGGUGGGCAAAGAUGCAACCACCCGGAUCUGCUUUUAUCAAAGACACUUGAUUAUAUUGUGCAUAUGAAGUUGAAGCUAAGAAUUCUUAAAGCUCUCUCCGAUAUGUACUCUCUUUGAACUUAUCGUAAGAUAUAUUAUUCGUAACAUUAUUCUUCUUCUCUCCAUCGUCCUCUGUACUAUAUAGAUUUGAUCCAAAGUGUUG